UUCAAAGUACUGAUUACCAAGUAAAAAUUACAAGAUAAAAAGUACAAAGUACAUCUAAUUACAGCGUCAAUAAAAUUAAUCAAGUUUUAUUUAGUGAAUAUUUUUAGUCCUAGAAAUGUAUAAAUGUAGAAGAGUUUUGCUUCGAAAUGGUCGCAUGUUUGUGUUAAUAGUGUUAACACUGAGUUAUAUGAUCGGUGAGCUGACCCAUUUUAUUGUAAUGAUCACAGGAAGCCAGUUAGCUAAUGAUAUAGAGUUUGGAGACGGAGAAUGUUCUGGAAACAGUUUUUUAUCAACACACUCAAAUUUCAGUGAAGAAAAUACCUUGGAACCUGAGGCUUCAGGGCACUCCGCCAGGGGUUCCGUUGACAGUAGUUCCAUCAAUAGAGGUUCCCUUGGCGGUGAUAAACCGAAUGAGGAGGAGAAUGGUUUGAAAAAGGAUUUUAUAUUUCAUCCAGAUUUUGGAACAAAUACCUCUUUAAACUCAAGUUUUUGUUUUCUUCUCUCAGAUUACAGCAGGUGUACUGCAGUACCUAGCUGUACCUGGAGGUAUACAGGAUCUGGACUGGAGUAUCAACUUCUAGUUGGACCUGCAUAUAUUAUAAUAUUCACUAUAUCAGGAGUUUUCAUGGGUAUACUAGCAGACAGGGUGUCAAGGCCUCAUCUUCUGUGCGCGUGCGUGAUGACCUACUCUACCUGCUGUGCACUCAUGGGGGCUGCACACAGUUUUCCUGUUCUUAUCAUCUUACGUAUGGGAACAGCAAUUGGGUUAGCUGGAAAAGUCAAGUAUUCUAUCCCAGGUACAAACCCUGGCAAAGAUGGAACUGUUUCUGACGUUUCUUCAGAAUAUCGACGGAUCUCUUUUUCUUCUUUAGAAGAUUCUAAAGCAUCAAGUCUUCCAAUUUCCACAGGUUCAAGAAGGUUGUCAGCUUCAACAAGACGGAAAAGUUCUCUAUGUUCGCUGCAGGGUGUUGAAACAAAAAUGAGAAAACUUUCAACAAACAGUUUACAGGUUAACCCUCGGAAGAUUUCCUUCUGUCUCCUGGAGUACCCGGAGAAUAGAACAGCCCUGGAGGACCGGAGUAAAGGGUUGAAAGGAGAGGGUAGAGAAGAGACAAAUUCCAAAUUAAACCCAGAACAUAUUUCCUAUUUCAGAUCAAUUGUCCGUUGUCUCUCUGAACCUGUUCUUCUUCUUCUCUUCCUUACUGCUAGUCUUAGGCAUACAGCUGGGUAUGCUUGGGCUCAUAAUAAUGUCAACUAUUUCAACCAAUACCACAAGGGUAUGGAUAUUGGAUACUGGUUUAUGCUGUGUUCCAUCCUGGGAGGUAGCUCUGGAGUCCUGGUGGGAGGGUUCAUAUCAGAUGCCGUCGUACAAAAAUUAGGAACAGAUAUUAUAAUUGUCUCUUCAUAA